AUGGGACGCGCAAUCCUGUCUCACUUCCUCAUCCUUUCAAACUCUUCUCCUCGCCUCUCCUCUUCUUCAAUGAAGAGGAUAGUUUCUGGAGUGCAACCUACAGGGUCUAUUCACCUAGGGAAUUAUCUUGGUGCCAUUAAGAACUGGAUUGCUCUUCAGAAUACAUACGACACUCUCUUCUUCAUCGUAGACCUCCACGCGAUUACACUACCAUACGAUACGCGAGAAUUGUUUAAGGCGACAAGGGAUACUGCAGCACUUUAUUUGGCUUGUGGUGUAGACACUUCAAAGGCUUCUGUAUUUGUACAGUCUCAUGUUCGUGCACAUGUAGAGCUUAUGUGGCUUUUAAGUUCUGCUACACCGAUUGGUUGGCUUAACAGAAUGAUCCAGUUUAAAGAGAAAUCUCGUAAGGCGGGGGAUGAAAAUGUCGGGGUUGCUCUUUUGACUUAUCCAGUUCUUAUGGCUUCUGAUAUUCUUUUGUAUCAGUCUGAUUUUGUCCCAGUUGGUGAGGAUCAGAAGCAACAUUUGGAGUUGACCCGUGAACUGGCUGAAAGAGUUAAUAAUUUAUAUGGAGGAAGGAAGUGGAAAAAAUUGGGAGGGCGAGGAGGUGCUAUCUUUAAGGUCCCCGAACCACUUAUACCACCAGCUGGAGCCCGAGUUAUGUCUCUAACUGAUGGUCUUUCCAAGAUGUCGAAGUCUGCACCUUCUGACCAGUCGCGAAUCAAUCUUCUUGAUCCAAAAGAUGUAAUAGCAAACAAGAUCAAACGUUGCAAAACUGAUUCAUUUUCAGGGUUAAUUCCUAAUCCACCAGAAAAAUCCCUGGAAUUUGACAAUCCUGAAAGGCCUGAAUGCAACAACCUUCUUUCGGUGUAUCAGCUCGUUUCGGGCAGGACAAAAGAGGAUGUAACAAAGGAAUGCCAGGGUUUGAAUUGGGGCUCAUUCAAACCUCUCCUAACAGAUGCCUUGAUUGAACAUCUACAUCCCAUCCAGGUUCGGUAUGAGGAAAUAAUUUCUGACUCAGCUUAUCUCGAUAGUGUUUUGGAAGAAGGUGCCAGUAAAGCUGCAGAGAUUGCAGAUGCCACUCUAAAAAAUGUAUACCAAGCAAUGGGAUUCCUGCAGAGAUAA